AUGAACGAGUUACUGGACCCAACUUCCCAGGCCAACCUGGGCGUUGUCUCUGCCACCUGCGUCUCCAAGGUGGAGCUGCGGGUCAGCUGCAAGCACCUGCUUGACCGUGACACGCUCAACAAGUCGGAUCCCUGCGUGGUGCUCCUCAUGCAGUCCCAAGGGCAGUGGAUGGAGGUGGACCGAUCAGAGGUCAUCAGAAGCAACCUGAACCCCAUCUUUGCCAAAGUCUUCAUGGUUGACUAUUACUUUGAGGAGGUGCAGAAACUGCGGUUUGAGGUGUAUGACAUUCAUGGCCACAGCAGCAUUGGGACCCACGAUGACGACUUCUUGGGUGGCAUGGAAUGCACAGUGGGCCAGAUUGUGGCCCAGAAGCGGGUGACCAAGCCUCUGUUCCUGAAGUACGGGAAGUAUGCGGGCAAGUCCACCAUUACGGUGACGUCAGAAGAGAUUUCUGGGGACAAUGGUUUUGUGGAACUAUUCUUUCGAGCGAAGAAGCUGGAUGACAAGGAUCUCUUCAGCAAAUCAGAUCCCUUUCUGGAGAUCUACCGGAUCAAUGAUGAUGGGAGUGAGCAGCUGGUUCACCGCACAGAGUUUGUCAAGAACAACCUGAGUCCCGUGUGGGAGCCAUUUAAAGUCUCACUGAACUCUCUGUGCAGCUGUGAGGAGAAGCGGAAGCUGAGGUGCGUCGUAUUUGACUAUGACUCCCGGGGCAAACACGACUUCAUCGGAGAAUUUUACACCACCUUUGAGGAGAUGCAGAAAGCAAUGGGGGGCAACAAGAUCCAGUGGGAUUGUAUGAAUCCGAAGUACAAGCUGAAGAAGCGAAACUACAAGAACUCGGGUGUGGUCAUUCUCUUAGACUUGAAGAUUCACAGGGUCUACUCCUUCCUGGAUUUCAUCAUGGGUGGUUGCCAGAUCCAUUUCACGGUGGCCAUUGACUUCACAGCUUCCAACGGAGACCCCCGAAACAGCUGCUCCCUCCACUACAUCAACCCCUACCAGCCCAAUGAAUACCUGAAGGCAUUGGUAGCCGUGGGGGAGAUUUGCCAAGACUAUGACAGUGAUAAGAAAUUCUCCGCCUUAGGCUUUGGAGCCAGAAUCCCACCCAAUUACGAAAUCUCCCAUGAUUUUGCCAUUAACUUCAACCCAAACGAUGAUGAGUGUGAAGGAAUCCAAGGCGUGGUGGAGUCCUAUCAAAGCUGCUUGCCCAAGAUACAGCUCUACGGGCCAACUAAUGUGGCGCCAAUCAUUUCCAAGGUAGCCAGAGUCGCAGCAGACGAGGAGAAAACAAAGGAAGCUUCCCAAUAUUUCAUCCUGCUGAUCCUGACGGAUGGGGUCGUGAGUGACAUGGGAGACACACGGGAGGCCAUCGUCCGAGCCUCCUACCUGCCCAUGUCCAUCAUCAUCGUAGGCGUGGGCAAUGCUGAUUUCACUGACAUGCAGGUCUUGGAUGGGGAUGAUGGCAUCCUGCGCUCCCCGAAAGGCGAGCCCGUCCUGCGUGACAUUGUGCAGUUUGUCCCCUUCCGAGAGUUCAAGAAUGCCUCCCCGACUGCCCUGGCCAAAUGUGUAUUGGCAGAGGUGCCCAAGCAGGUUGUGGAAUAUUACAGCUACAAGGCCUUACCUCCCCGAUGCCCCAAAGGCAGCACCCCUGACCCGACUCUGAACUCACCUUCACCCCAGUGACAAGGGCCCCCACCCCUUUGGGCCUCAGCCACAUUGUCUGUCUUCCCUCCAUCUGCCAGUUCCUUUCCCCAGUGAAGUAGAAGAGAGAGAAAAGGGAGCCCAAACCAGUGCCAGGGGGGGAUAUAAGGUUCCCGGGUCUGCAAGAAACUUUAGCCACCAAAAAGGGAGAGGAGAAGGCCAGCCUGCCACCACCACCACCACAUCCCUCACAUGUCCUUCUCCCAGUGGCACUAUAAAAGAUC